UCAGAGUGCUGGGGCGGAGGUUGGAAGGAUGAGAAGGAAGCCUGAGGGCGCUCGGGGACGCUCGGGGACGAGGGGGCGGAGUGUGGUGAGGAGGCCGGGCUGCCGGGCUCAAGAGGGGACCGCGGGUCCAGCGCCCUCCCCGUCCCGCCCCCGCGCGCGUGCAGUCGGGCUGGCCCGGAAUCCCUCCCCAGGGUGUCUUCUGCCACUGACUUUCCCACCCUGGCUGCGCCCGCGCGCCCCCGCGGCUGCCAAGCUCCAAGCUCCGCGUCGGUCCCCACCCCCGCAGUGUUCCCCCGCGCCGGGCCGUCUUCCUGCGGUUCCCAGGGUCCCGUUUGGCGGCCAGAGGGCGUCGGACUCGGCUGGUCCAGCGAGGUUCAGCCCGAACGUGUCCUUCUGCCUCUCUGCUCCUGGGGACCAGGGAGGAGCCUCCAGGGCGGGGGAACGAGAGGCUCCUGGACGGCGGCCCGGGACUGCGGCGGCAGCGUUUCUCUUCUUCACCUUACGGGACCCGGCUCUUCCCCCUCCUCGACCGCCCAGCCCGUCAGUCCUGAAAACCUGGCGAGAGGCGCGCACUGUCCUAGGGGAAUUCCCCUGCACACAGAAGGGAGCCCGCCCUGCGCGUCCUGGAGUGGGUGCGGCAGGAGCGCUUCCAGGCACUGCGUCCCCAGGCCUCUUCCUGAUCCCCGUAACCCUGUCGCUGGAGGUGUCUGUGGGGAAGGCCACCAACAUCUACGCUGUCAAUGGCACGGAGAUCCUGCUGCCCUGCACCUUCUCCAGCUGCUUUGGCUUCGAGGACCUCCACUUCCGGUGGACCUACAACAGCAGUGACGCAUUCAAGAUUCUCAUAGAGGGGACUGUGAAGAAUGAGAAGUCUGACCCCAAGGUGACGUUGAAAGACGAUGACCGCAUCGCUCUGGUAGGCUCUACUAAGGAGAAGAUGAACAACAUUUCCAUUGUGCUGAGGGACCUGGAGUUCAGCGACACGGGCAAAUACACCUGCCAUGUGAAGAACCCCAAGGAGAAUAAUCUCCAGCACCACGCCACCAUCUUCCUCCAAGUCGUUGAUAGACUGGAAGAAGUGGACAACACAGUGACACUCAUCAUCCUGGCUGUUGUGGGCGGGGUCAUUGGGCUCCUCAUCCUCAUCCUGCUGAUCAAGAAACUCAUUAUCUUCAUCCUGAAGAAGACACGGGAGAAGAAGAAGGAGUGUCUCGUGAGCUCCUCGGGGAAUGACAACACGGAGAACGGCUUGCCUGGCUCCAAGGCAGAGGAGAAACCACCUUCAAAAGUGUGAGCCCUGCUUCGGGCUGAGCAGCUGCAGGGAGCCCCCUUUCUGAUGAUGAAACUGAUGCUUGAGCCCCAUCCGUAGAACCCACGUGCCUGAGACAUCUGCUGCUUGGCUCAAACUGUAGUCUUUCCGGGCACAAGAAACCAGAGUCCUGCCCAGCCUGCCCAUCCGCUUCCCAGUCAGGGCUCCCCAGGGACAAGGGAUGGCCAGGGGAGGGGGUCUGUGGAAGAUUCAGGAGAAAGAAAGGAGAGGCUAGGGUGGUGUGGAGGGGCUGGUCCCCUGACACCUGGGCAGAUGGGGUCUCCUUCGGUCUCCCUACCCUGCACAAUCAGGGCCUUGGUUUUCCUCCAUACUUCUCUUCACAGGAGACUGGGAGGAUCCGUGAGGGUUGUCCUAAGAGCUGCGCCCUGGAGAUGGGGUGUAGGAAGAGGUGGCUUCCUUUGGAGAUGGGAGUGGGCUGGAGGCCUCUGGAGAAGACCUGGGGUGGAGGCUGAUGGGGGCAGGCCCACAGUGAGAGGCUGCCUCGGCUUCAUAGGAUGCCAGAUCCCCCACAGUCUUCCAAGUAGGGAACUUCCUUUCCCCUGUCCCGGGACCCUAUCUGCCUAUCCCCUCCCCUGCUCAGAGUUUUUAAGCCCUCCCAACCAGGGCUGGCCGCCUUGGUCUUGGGGGGUCCUGGCCACCUAGCCUGCUCCUCUGCUCUCUGGGUUAGUGAAGGGCUCAGGAAGGGGCUCCUCGAGCCUUCCUGGAGCACCCGAGUGCUCCCUAUGCCUUUCCAAGCAUUUCUACUUGGGGAAUUGGGCCGCAGAGGUAGUGAGCCAGUGUCCUGGGCCUCUGGGAUGCCCGCCCCAUCGCUGCCAAUGCUGGCAGCCCCUCCCCUGGCAUGGCAGGACCAUCGCCACUCUGGGCACUCCCGAGCCCAGCUCUCCCCUGCUCCUCCCCCUCCUACCUGAGAGGCUGCACCCUCCAACCUCCCAUUGGCUCGCUCCUCCGUGCCCUCCAUCACGCCCUGCCCCCAGGGUGGUUCAUUUCCCAGCCCCGGGUCAAGGGCCUGCCUUUGCCUCAGGGACUCUCUUUCUUUGGAUGAGGGGGGUCCUUGGGUUUCCCAGCUGCUUCUUGCUCAGCUGGGCCACCCCCUCCCACCCUGGGGUUGGGGAGGAGCAGGGAGUGGGUGCCCACAGUUUUCCUUUGCUUCUCCCAGAGCUGGUUUGCACAGCCCUUGUGUGUGGGGCUAGACUGUGCCUUAGUCCUGAGUCCUAGCCCUUACCCCCAUCCUCUCUAGCCGGUAUGUCCGGACAUAACAGCAGAGUCUGGCGUGGUGCUGGUGAGGGUUCUCCAGCCCUCCCCUCCCCAAGGGCAUAGAGGGAGCCAUGAGGCUGGAAUUGGCCAGUGACUGAAUCUUGGAGACACCGGCCAGGUGCUCCCAUUGGGGUUUCUAGCCUGUCCUAGGGGGAGGUGGUGAUGUUGGGAGUGAGAUCUCCUGAUGCAGCCCAUUGUGUGAGUCCCUGUGGGGCAGAAUUGGUGAGGCCAGGGAUGGCAGGGAAAAGUGGUAACAGGCCUCUCGGCCCAUCUACUUCCAAUCCCUCUCUCCCUUACUGAUUUUUUGAUGCCCUGUCUUCUGGGCCCCUAGAAGGGAUGAGAGAGGAGUAGCCCUCUUUUUCAGAGAGUUUGGGGUCUACCUCAGAGCUCUCCCUGUCAAAAAGCAGCUGCAAGCCUCGUGAGGGUGGAGGUGGGGGAGACUGGGGACCAGUAGCACCUGCAGGGUGCCCGUGGCUGUGGCCAGUGUCCCUUAGCCAACCUGCUGGGCUCACCAGUUCCCCGUCUGAUCUGCCUGUGCGCCUCCCAUUCUUCUCUACCUAGAACCUGUCAUGGGCUGGGGUUCAGAUUUUCCUAGCUUUGGGAGCAGAUAGACCAGAGCCACCAGCCAUUCAGAAAACUUCUUACAGCUGCCUUCAUGCAAAACUGCUUUCUUCUUCCUUCUCAAUGGUGACAUUUGAAGAGGUGGAGCACCUUGGGGCUUCUCUUCCUGUCUUAAGAGAAAGCCAAGGCAUGUAGAGUAGGGAGAAGAAGGGCACCAUCCUCUCUUUCCUCCCUUGGGUCUACUGCUGAUUUCUAGAUGGAUCAUGCAGCUUCUCUGGGCUCAACUCUUUCCAUCUACCAAAUGGGUGUAAUAAUACUUACCUACCUCACAGGACUGUUGUGAGGCUUGGUGAGUUUUGUCUAAAAACAUCUUUUUGGCUUGGAAAGGGAUCUGGGAAGCCAGGUAUUAAUUGCAGGGAUAGUUCCAAGUCUGUCCUGUCUUCAUCUCUGUGUCCCAUCUCUAACCCCGCCCCCCCCGCCCGCCCCACACACACGCUCUCUCUCUUUCUUUCCAUCCCACCCCCUUGGAAUUAUUUAGUCUUUGCAAUAUUAGAAACCUUGACUCUGAUACUUAAAGCUUCUUGUCCAUGGCUCUUUUUUGAUGGUUUUCAAUAGAUGUGAUUGAGAUUGUAGAGGGGGCAUUUUUGGUUGCCCCCAUGCCUGGGGGCACUACUAAGAAUGCUAAAUUUAGCCCCCACAACAAAGAAUCAUCCUGUCUCAUGUCAACAUUAUACCCAUGGAGAAACACUGGCAUGGAUUUGCACUAGGAUGUAUAUGGGCAAAGCUAUCUUCCCCAAGUGGAACCUCAGUGCAUGCAAAUCUCUGAUGGUGGCUUCCAGGGCUUGUGGGCUAGAGAGAGCCACUUACAAAGUCGAUCUUGAGAGACCUGGGCGCAUGCAGCUGCGCUGAGUGAUGGCAGCGAGACUAAAGACGAAGUUCCGAGCUCCUCAUCGACUACAAAAUAUGAAAUAGCAUUCCAGGUUCUGGGCUUCUCCCCAUGUUGGAACUGAACAGAAGGCAGCCUGAAUAAACCCCUGAUGUUAGAGAGGCCUGGGGAGAGCAGCCGAUGGGGCUCAGACUACAUAUAGCAGGCCAAUAAGAGCUCUUGUGGAGUGAGGGUAUGAGAGCACGCUUUGAGAUGGCAGGAGGUGGGGUGUGCUUGUGUGGAGUGUGCAUGUGGAAAUGCAUGCGUGUGCAGGCAGUGUGGGUACUUGGCGGCAUGACUGUGGAGUGGGUGGGCUCUGCAUGGAAGGGGUGAUGCAUGAUGGGCAGAUGCUGAACAUUUCAGGAGCUGUCUUUCUUGGGCUGAGCUGUGCCUGUUGAGGCAUCUGGAGACUGAGAAAGAAUUAAAGGCAGAGAAGACCAACUGUGCUCCUGCAUUCCGUCACUCCAUGACUUCAUCUCACUGUUACAGACAGCUGCCAUCAGAGGGCUGGCAGUAGGGAGUUCCAGGAGCAGGGACUUCUCGGGAAAAUCCUAUAGCUUGCUUUACUUUACUUUGUCCCAGGUUGGAGUCCCUACCCUCCCACCUCCCACCUGAUAUGCAGUGCUUUUGACUAUCUUAUGCAUGGUUUAUUCCUCUGGCUUGGAUGACAACAAUACCCAUAGUCAGUUUUCCUAUGUAACUAUAGAUCAAAUGAUGCAGCGACAGGACUUGGGAGGCCUCAGGUGUGCGAGUGCCUCUGGGAGGCACAGAUGCACACACACCCAGCACUGACUUGUGUUCAAGCACAAAACGGAUAUAAUCAGUCUGGCCUCUACAACAAGUUUUGCAUUGUAGAAUUGUAUUUAGCUUUGCCUUGGAUGAAAUAAAAAUUAUGUUUAAUAA